GAUUUUUUUGCUUUAUCCAACAUUACAAUGGGUUUUUUUGAUAAUCUGAUAAUUCCGCUCCCCCAAAAACAAAGUCAAUUAAACCUGUGUGGUCUCAUGUAGAUAUUAGCUUUUUAUUUCUGACUCACUCUCCUUCUAGCAUAUCUGUGUAACUGAACCUUCUCUUUUCAUGGUUAAAGAAUCCAUGUCUACACCUAUGAGACAAUUAUGCGCCGGUCCAGUAGCAAGCAGUAAAUCCUGCUGCAAUUUUCAUUGUCUGUAUCACACCUAGUCAUUUAUUAAUUAGAAUAAAACAUUGCGCAUAUCCGUAUUCGGGCCGCAAAACAAUAUUAGUAGGAGCAUAAAACCCGGUCUACUACAAAAACCACUCUAAAAAUACCUCUAGCACGCGACUAUAUAAACCCUAAGCUGCAGUUAUGCAUCCAGAACCGAGACAAGACCCACCUAGGGAUCAUUUAUUCGAGCAAGAAUUCUUCAUCGACUGAUUUUUUGUUCCGCACAUGUUACCGGCCAAGCAGCGAGAGACAGAGGCGAGUGGUGUCGUGUUGACGGGAAAAGCCGCGCUUGUAGAGUGGUGUCGACAGCAAACUAGCGGCUACCGUGACGUGAACGUGCGUGAUCUCACUCAUUCGUGGCGGGACGGGAUGGCCUUGUGCGCGAUUAUUCACAGAUUCCGACCUGAUCUCAUAAACUUUGAACAGCUUUGCAAAGACGAUCACGCGAAGAACAACGGAUUGGCAUUUAGCAUUGCCGAGCGAGAACUGGGCAUUCCGGCCUUAUUAGAUGUGUGUGACGUUACGGAUUUGAAGGUCCCGGAUGAGAAAUCCAUGGCAACAUACAUAUCAUUAUUUUACCAGCGUUUUAAAGAUCACCAGCCUAAUAAUGAAGUGGAACCCAGAAAGAAGAAACGCUACAUGUUGGACAUCUUCUGUGACGAUGCCACGAGAAAACGACUCUUUAAGAACAGCCCUCGCUUCUGUGACGUAGCUGAGUAAAAGCUGCAGCCUGGCUAUUU